AUGCAAUUUGAAAUUACUCUUUUUGUGAGUCCUUCGGAAGGACCCUCUGAUCAUCCAGAAACACUAUUGGAGUCUAAUUGCACCAAGCGGAAUCAUCCUUGUCCUUCCAUUCAACAUGCUCUUCAUGUGGCCGAUAAAAUGUACAAUGAAAGUUUGAUUCCUCGAAUGGCCAUUCGUUUACUGUUAAUGCCCAAAUUUAAUUCUGGCAGUUUAAUCUAUGGAAAAGAGCAAUGUAAUAUUCAAUAUUCACAAACGAUUGAUUUUUUGAUCAUUGAAUCGGACAGUAGUGUGAUGGAACAAAGAAUUGAAUUGGAUUGUGAAGGACAAGUCUUGUUUCAAUCUCAACAUGAAUUUGAUAUCAAGACUUUACUGUUUAACAUGUUGAAUAUUUCGAGACUUCAUUUGGGAGUGGAUGGCACUCGAAUUUUAAAUAUGCGUCACGUGAAAUUAUUUCAAUUUGAAUUCAAGUCACAAAAACAAUCGAGUGUGGUCGGAACGGAAGAAAUUAUUUUGGUCAUGCAUGGUUGUGAAAUGAUAACGAGCAAAUUUGAUAUUCUGCAAAUAUUUUCUUUAAAUAUUUCACAUUCCGUAGUGAGUGAUAGCGACUUGCACACGCUCUCUGCUGCAACCAUAACUAUGAGCUGGUGCGAGGUUCGACGCUUUGUGUAUCGUUCCUUAAAUGAUGUGUGGAUUACACCUUGGCAAAAUCAACUAUUUCGAAUUUCAAAUUGCAACAUUUUCGACUCCAUCUUCACACUUUUUGCAUUCAAGGACGUUUCUUUUGAAUCUGUGAGAUUGUAUCAACAAAAUUCGAUACUCUUUGAAUUUACCUAUUCUGUGGAGCUUGUUGACUUGAUUGCAAAAGAAGGAGCGUUAUAUUUACUUUUUCAAGGAAUUUCCAAUCGUAUUCUCAUUUCAAAAUCUGAAUUUUCUUUUGUGAAUAGCGUUCAGGGCGUGAGAUAUAUGAUAGAAAUGAUUACAUGCUCGUAUGUGUCCAUUGAAAACUCUGUCUUCACAGAUAAUCAAGUUCCUCCCAUUUCAAUUUCCAAUGCCCAAACCGUAGGAAUCUAUGCAACCCAGUUUUAUAGAAAUUCAGGGCCUUGUGUGAAUGCAAUCAUGGUCAGCGGUGUUGGAACAACCUCAUUUUCAAUGGACAUGUGUAAAAUGGUGAACAAUUCAUGUUCUUCAUGCAAUGGUGCUGCCUUAAAUGUGCAAGCUUAUUUUGUGACUUUGUCCAGUGAGUUUAAAAACAACCAAGCACAAAAUGGAGGAGCUCUCUAUGUCGAAUCUAGUGAAUUUUUGGGCACAUAUUCAAUAUUUGAUGGAAAUUUGGCACAAUCUAGAGGAGGAGCCAUAUAUUUACGACUAUUUGAUUCCUCUUUAACCACUACAAUCUUUGAGAUGACUUGUGUGAACAACACAGCUCUCUUCUCGGGAGGAUGUAUCUUUUUCCAUUCUCCUCAUGACAAGCAUUUAUUGAAAUUUUCAGAAUCGAGCGGUAACGUCUUUCAAGGAAAUGUUGGUAAUUCUUAUGGCAACGAUUUUGGAAUACCACUUUACAACAUUGAUUAUCAAGUCCAAAUUUAUUAUCAAGAGAAUAACAGGAGUAUUUUCAACAGCAAUUCCACACCUGAAAUUUUCAUUUAUCCUGGUCAGGGAAUUUACAAGUUACAACUCGAAUUGUGGAAUAACAAAACCGAGAGAGUAUUAUUUUUGGAAAAUGAUGCGUUGGCUUUAUAUUCCAUGUCAAAUUCAGAUGCGUUUGUGAGCUACAUUCCAAGCAACGAUUCUAUUGGCUUUCGUUCCAUUGUCAUUUCAAUUUAUUCUAUCGAGUCGACACCCUAUAAGGCCGUGCUUGAAAUUAAUUCAGAAUUUAGUAUUGAAAUGUUCAUUCAUGUUCUACCGUGCCCUGAGGGCACUUUUUUAACAUUGCGUAACGUUCCUGGAGGGACUUAUUUGUGUUCUUCAGUACCAUAUAUUCCAUAUAAUGUAAUCAUUCCUGCGGUAGCCAUUGUGACCAUCAUUAUAUUUGUAUUUACAGUUCUAUUGAUUUAUUUAGCAAUUCGAGCAAUUCGAAAUAUUGUUCACAGAUUGAAAAUGCUCGAUCGAAGAUUACGCGCUGAGAAGAAAAUGGAAUCAAAAUUGCUCGAAAAGAGGGUGGUGUUGAUGGAUGGCAAUGAUAAUGAGAUAUCACAUUCCACACAAAGUGGUCAAUCGUCAAAAAUUGUGGAUGAAAAGACAUCAUUACUCUUUGAUGGUCAUUCCUCUAGAAUAACCAAAUACACAAAUUCGAUCAACAACAAGUCAUCCUCUUCUGCAACAGCUCACUCAUGGAUGAUUUCAAUUGAUGAAAUUGAAAUUGUAAAGAGGAUUGCAGAAGGAGCAAGUGGAACGGUAUAUUUGGCAAGUUGGAACGGAACUAAGGUUGCCUUAAAAACUUUAAAACACUAUUCAGAGGAAUUGAUUUCUCAUGGUGAACAACUCAUUCAUGUGGAUGAGGAAGAAUUUGAAAAGGAGGCAUCUUUACUAGCAAAUAUUCGACAUCCUAAUAUUGUGCAAUUCUUUGGAGUGAUUAUGGCUGGUUCUAAGAAAUAUUUGGUUGUGGAAUUUAUGGAAAAGGGAAGUUUAGACAAGUUGAUUUAUAAUUCAAAAUCAGGAACUGAAAAAAUAGAUCUCUUCAGAAAAAUUGAUAUUCUGUUGGGAGUGGCGAAAGGCAUGAAUUAUUUACAUUCAUUGAAACCAAAAGGUAUAAUUCAUCGAGAUUUAAAACCUGGUAAUGUGCUGAUUGACAAAAAUUCCACUUCCAAGAUUUGUGACUUUGGAAUGAGUCGAACCUCUGAUACAUUUUCAAAAGACUCUGCCACCACAAAUGUUGGAACUCUAUUCUACAUGUCCAAUGAAAUGUUGGAAGGAAAUUCAUCCUACAAUCACAAAGUGGAUGUUUACAGUUUUGCAAUUAUCAUGUGGGAAUUAUUUUUUGAGGAAAGUCCUUACAUGAACAGCCAUUCCAAAAAAAUUUACAAGUUCAUGAACCACGAUUCCACUCAUUUCAAUGGAUUUAAUGUUCUUGUGAAUGUGUUGAAAGGCAUUCGACCUGUCAUACCUUUCAGUUCAGAGAAUGAAAUGACUGAAUGGAUUAUGGAAUUUGUUCAACCUGAUAAUUUGAGCGUUUCUCUACAAGUGUUAUGUGAAAUUACCAAACAAUAUAUUGAGCUUAUGAAGGCAUGUUGGAAUUCUAAUUUUAAUGAAAGGCCUGAUUUUGGAGAGAUUUGCAACAGGUUGAACCAAAUGAUUUGCUUUGGUAUUAAUGACAAGUGA